UUGGACCAGUAAAAUUCAAGACUUUAACAUUUUUGGAUUAUGUUGCUUGAUAUUCUGAUAAUAUGCAGGAUAAUAUAGCAAUGUAUUAUGAUAAAUGUCAGGCUUGUGGGAUUUCGAAUGUAAAUAUAUAAACACGGUGACAAAAUCCUAAAUCAGUUGUUUAGAAGCAAUAAAUGAAGUAGAACAAUAAAAACUUGGAAUGUAUUUAACAGGGGGGUUAAUUAACUCUAUUAAAUCUGAUUUCUUUUUUUGUAUGUGAAUGCAUUAAAGCAAACCAUACUGGAACUGUGGUUAAACAUGCCACCAUGUUUGCUGGAACAGUUCAGCCCGCCACUAGCCAGCUUUAUGUAAUAUAAAACAGAGGAAUGUGUGUAUCACAGGGUGUGUUAGUUUCACAUUUUGACUCGGGGAGGGGAGGGGGCAGCCCUUGUUUUUCACAAACCUGAGCAGGUUGUUAACGGUAAUCAGAUCUACUUGGGAAAACGAAUGAAGCGAAUCCCCCCUGCUCUUUCUCUCUCUUUUGUGUGUUGGCCUAAUUCACCUGUAGUUUCCCUGUUUACAGACUACAAAGUCCCUAAAGGCGGCUGUGGAUGUCCGAUUUGAAUGAUGAUUUCCCCAGUGCUUGUCGCAGGCAGCAGCAGCAGUCGGUGGUUUCACUGCUCUUACAGCUCCUUUACAAACAUGUGUCCGGUGUGAAGAAGCGCCUUCGUGAGCUGUGCCUGACAUUUCAGACCAGUAUCCAUCGUCCUGACGCUAACUGCGGGCUUGACGGUGCAUCUAUGCGUCACCGGUGCGCUACCCGUGUUUACACAUCAAUAAUGCAGUAUAAGAAGUGAGCUGGUCAGCAAAGCUCACAGUUAGGAGAUAAGAUUUCUCAGCUGUAUGUGUGCUUACAGAAAGACACCCUGCCCUGUGUGUAUAUGAGAGAGAGUUUCUUCCACAGGCGUGUCUGAGCUCCCUUGGUUGUCCCACAGCUGUAUGCAGGCUAUGAAUCCAUAGAUUGAAAUGAUCAAGUCCAGAAGGAGAUGUGAGGACUCCUGAUUUGUUUUUAAAACACUUUGGAGAAUGUUUAAGGCUGCAUUCCCAGACAUCCCAGAAACACUCAGUGUGAGUUGCAAAAUAUAAUUAAAGAGGCAUUAGGUGUUGUAGCCUGUUAUUACUUCAUCUAGUCUUAUCACGGAGAAGGGGAUGGAGAGGAGGAGGAGGCUGCUUUGGAAAUGCUUUGUGAGCUGCAUUCAGCUGAACGCGCUUCUUGCCGUUCUGUGUAUAAUCUCUUGUCGCUUUAAUAAUUUGGUUUCCUCUAAUGAAAUGCAAACUACAGCAUACCGGGGUUGCGGUACACCAGUGUGGUCUCUGCUUGUUUUUCCGUUUUCCAUCCUCCUCCUGCUGCUCCUGCUGCUGCUGCUGCUGCUGCUGGUGCUUGAUUGCUCGCUGCUGUCUACGUCAGAGGUGGCGCAGUGUCGGGCUGCAGCAGCAUGGUGGGACAGAGGCGAUGCGACACCGACUGAACAAAGUUUAAAGAUGCCGCACAAAGCAGCAGCACACCACACAUGGCUGGGAUAGAGGUCCGGCCCAGUCAACGCCUCUCCACCGUGCCUCUUAUGCAAGGACUGUUUUCUUUUUCUCUGCGUAAACAAACACCGGCCUAUGCAUCGCAUCUUUCGGACACUCCACCUGCGUGAUCUGCGAGCCAGAAUGAACUUCAAGAACUUGAGGGAGUACCUGGCUUGGUUAUACUACCAAUACCUGCUCAUCACCGGCAUCUAUGUCCUGGAGCCGUGGGAAAAAUCCAUCUUCAACUCCAUCCUCUUCUCUGCCAUCGCCAUGGUCGUCUACACCUCAUACGUCUUUGUACCCAUCCACGUGCGCCUGGCGCUGGAGUUUUUCUUAGGCAUCUUUGGCGGCCAGCCGGAGAGCACCAUGGCACUCAUGACCUAAAAGAAACAAAACAAAACAUGAAGGUAAAGAGACAGAAAAUGUGUGGAUGAGCAUGAAUCUGUCAUCAUAUUUUCUUAUAACUCACCUCCUUAGAUCCUAGAGCACCUUGAGCCCUCCUUUUACAACAAGCUCGCCCUAAACCAGGCAAUCAGCCACCUCUGCGAAUCACGACUGAAAACAUGAAGAUCUUAAUGGAACGAUGUGGAAAUCAGAGCCUUACUAUCUUCUUUACAUCCCAAACCCUCCAGCCUUACCCCAUGGUAUUAGACAGGCAGCAGAACAGUGCUUUCACACAUGUCCUGUGAGAUGUCUUAUGAUAUGUUGUUUGUCCUUAUUGAUUUUUUGUUUGUUUUUGUUUUUUUGUUGUGUUUAUCACCAUAUGUCCUGUGUGAGUGCAUACCACAUAUGUGUUUUGCAUGAUAGGGUCAUAUAUGGGCAGUCGAUUUGCAUGCUCAUCUCACUAUGAAAUACUACUAGACUUGCUUCCUUUUUAUUGCCUUUUAAGCUCCAGACUCACUAUUUACAAAAAAGCAGACCGAUCAUUUUAUAGUGUCUGAAUCCAGUCUGUAAAAUUUAUGUCUGGCAUUCUCAAUUUACAGCUCACUACAGAGCAAGCUGUCACGUUUCAAGUGUUACACAGUGAGAGGCGACUACGUGAGUUCGAGAUGAUUUUAGACACAGCCCAAAUUUCCUUCAGAGCCGUGGAAGGCAUUAUAUGUCAGGCUCUGUGGGACUUAAUGCAACAGGUAAACUAAACUUGCAAUGCAACAUCAGUGACGUUUCCUUUUUAAGUGUGUGUAUGUUCGUUUAUCUGAUGUAUCUGUGAUGCCAUGUUAUCUCGUGCACUCACUCUGGGUGGUUAAUCUGUAGUUUUGCAUCAGAACCGCUAUCACUGGGUUUUGUUUUUUUUGUUUUGGUGUUUGUUUGUUUUUAGUUGCCUUUAUGAGCUGUAAUACUGACUGGCAGGGCACAUUACACAUUUCACGUAGAUGUCAUUUAGCUGAUCUUAACAGAGAGGACUGAUAAAAAGCCCAACCUAUGCAAUGAGUCUUAAAACGUUCGUGUUAAGACUCUGUUAAACAGAUUUUCCCAGUCAGUGUGAGUAAUAUUACGGUAAGCCAAAAUAACAGAAGAGAUACGUGCCGAGCCCUGCUUUAUCUCUAGUUUAUUAACUGUUGGCAUUUCUGGUAGUUGUACUCAGCUCUGAGCUUGAGCAAAUAUUGAUACAACACACCUUUGUGUUGUAGGCUUGGCUUUGGUAAUUACGUAACUCUACUUCACAAACCCCUGAAAUCAAAAAAGAACUGUUUGAUGUUUCAUACAGAAUGCAAAGAUACUGUAGACAAAUUAACCCAAAU